CACUCAUAUCGUUGUGUCAGUCUAUGCAAAGUCGAGUCAAGACCCUUUAGCAACUGUGAGAUGUUAGGCAUUGCUGUAGGAUCGUUUCGGGGAGCUACCCGGAGGGUAGCUUUACACCCAAAGCAAGGAAACAAAAACUUCUACAAGGGUUAUGGGGCCAAGUCUUCCGGUAGAUUAACGACAUUAGGAAAAUACAUAAAGCAAGCCCACAAAAUCCCGAACUUCGUAGUUCCAGAUUUGGCCGGAUUCAACCUAAAGCCGUACGUUGCGAAGACUGUGGACAGCCCCAAGGUGGCGCCCAUGACACCCGAUGUGAUGAAGGAACUUGGUAGUAAAUAAAGGAGCAAAUAAAAAACGGUUGCGCAAUUAGCGACCCAGAAUGUAGGUAUACUUGUUCAUAUGGCGAAGAUAUACUUGAUCUGAUGGCUGACUCGAUAGGACCCAUGUGCCGUAUACGUAACCAAAUUUGGAAGCCCUUCAGGUGUACUGGGAUGCUUAAUUGGUUCGCAGUAUCAACCCAC